AUGGAGAUUGAGAGAGAGUUUGUGUUCGAGAGGAGAAGUUGUUAUGUAGAGGAAGAGAGAGUGAAGCCUUGGCUUCUUCCGGAAGGAGUUUUCCGGCGACCGGAGGAGAUCUCGAUGGGUUCGGUUUUUGGUAUUUGGCGAUGUAUCUUCUUGUUCCGGUUUAAUCAACCUCUUCCUCGGUUUCCUUCUCUUCUCUGCCUUUCAAGAAACGCUAAGCUGGAGGACAUCCCUAAUUUAGCAAAUGAUCUCAAGUUUAUCGCUGAGUUAAAACGGAAGAAAGUGUCAAAAGUUUCUGACCAGGAAAAAUGCAGUAGAAUCCGACAUAGUAAGUUUGAUCAGCCUAAACCGCUAAAUCUCAUCUCCAAAGUAGAUAGAGCCCGAGAAUUUGAGGUUGAUCAGCCUAAACCGCGUAAGAUCGUCCUCAAACAAGACCUUAACUGCCUUCCUGAUUCAGAAACCGAAGCCGAGGAAUCUGAAAACGACCAAACUGAACAUUCGGAAUCAGAUGCUAAGACAGAGAUAAUGAAGAAGAAGAGAGCACAAUCAGAACAUGUUGCCGGACUUUCCUUAGAAGAUCUUUCCAAAUACUUUGGUGUUCCUAUCGUGGAAGCUUCUCAAAGACUUAAUAUCGGUCUCACUGUCUUGAAAAAGAAAUGCAGAGAGUUUGGGAUUCCCCGGUGGCCUCACAGGAAGAUAAAAUCUCUAGACACUCUGAUACACGAUCUUCAGGUCUUGUCUCUUCAUCCAUCUAUAAUACUCUCAAUUCACUGA